AUGCAAAAUACAACAGAAGCAACAGCACAGAAACAAGCUCAAAUAACAGCUGAAUUAGCUGCUAAUCUUAUCGUUGAACGAACAGGUUUAGCAACAACAACAUCAAUAACAACAGCACCUGGUAGUGCAAUAACAAAAACUUCUUCUUCGGUUCGUGAUCCGAUAGAUCGAUUAGAAAAGCUUCUUUUGGAAUAUUUACACCAAUGUACGAAACAUGUUAAAACGAUGACUGAUAAUCGUAUACAAUUAUGUAAAGCUCAAUCUGAAGAAUUCAAAGCUUUAGAAGACUUCAAGCAGAUUGCAAGUCCUGCUCAAUGGAAUAUUCAUUAUGUAUUAAAAUCGAAAGUUAAACUUUGUUCAAUUAAAAAGAAAAAUUAUUGUACAGCUACAAAACAGGUAGAAUAUGAUUUAUUACCAAAAUUUAUUGAAAAAGUUGAUCCAACAUGGAAAAUUGACGAAUCUGUCGUUGAUCGGCAAGAUGCACAAGGAACUUACGAUUAUGUACGUCAAAUGGUAAAAAAUUUUCGUACUCAACUAAUGACAACAUAUAUUCAAUCGUUAGCUCAUGAAUAUGAAAUACUUUCCGAUGAGAUCAAACGUUUGGUUGAAGGCAUGCCUCAAGAUAAUGAUGAUGGAUUCGAUGCUGAACCUGGCUAUGCCGCAUUUAAACAAUACCAUGAUCGACGUGAAAAACGAUUAAAUUUAGAAAUCGAAAAAUCGCUUUAUUUUUUAGAAGAAAAGCGAGUCGAGGGCAACUCCAAAGAUCAAAAGGAAAUUACAACAAUAGAAGAAGAAAUAAUAGCCCCGACUCCUGUUCGACAAUUACCAGAGGACUUUUGGGUCCCGCAAUAA